AUGGUCCCCUCCAGCAAUACUCCCUUUCGCCCUUCCCCGCUGUCCUUUAACUCUCCCCGUGCGUCACCUUUCCGACGACCAUCGACCCCCAGUUCCCCUCCGACACAAGCUCGCCCAACUACACCAGGGAGCUCCCCGAGCAGAGGAUAUACCCCGGUUGUAUCGCCAAGCAAAUUGAAUCAAUCCUAUACUGUUGAAGACCACGAUGCCUCCCCCAAGAGCCGGGAGCCGAUACCCCAGCCUCGAUUCUCCAGGGAUUCUCCGUCGUCCCCAAGCAGAGGAGCAAGCGCAAUAGAUUCAUCACCAUCGAGCAUGGAGGCAAAAGCGACUAGUAUGAUGGCUGCCUCAUCCGAUGCGGCAGCUAGGCUGGCCCCGGCGCAGCUCAGAGAGAUACGAGAGGCUUUCCAGGUCCUGGACAGAGAUAACGAUGGUUUCGUGGACAAAGAAGAUGUGGCGGAUGUACUUGUGAAUGUUGGCCAAGACCCGUCCACUUUGUCCCAAUUCUUCCCUCCAGGAAGUUCUUCGACAAUUAACUUCCCUACCUUCCUAAAUACUCUUUCUCAAUUACUCUCACCAUUAUCGUCCAGGCAAGAACUGGUCAAUGCUUUAGCGGCUUUUGACGAAGAUGAUAGCGGCGAGGUCGAUGUGGAAGAACUACGUGACGCGCUUUUGAAUACUUCCCCAGACGAUGGAGAGCGCCCACUCACGGACCGGGAAAUCAACGAAGUCCUCAGCGGGUUCACAGGCCGCAAGGCGUUUGGGGGCAAACUCGGCAAGGCUCAAGGGAAUGGAAAGAGAGGAGAGGUGCUGAGAUACCAGGAAUUCGUCAACACCGUUACGGGGGGAACAGAGAAUGGACAAGCGAAAGCGAAGUGA